AUGAAUGAAAAGAACUUUGAAUAUGCCAGAUCUUUGAUUCCCGCAACGUAUGUAAAUCAGGGAAGAGAUGCAAUCAAACGUCGCGAAAAUCUUGUCAAAGAUCUACUCACACAUCGUAAAAUCCCAGAAAUUGGUUGGGACGACCAGUCCAUAGAACUUUUCUUAAACGACCUUUCUCUCAUGGACAGCAAUAACUUCUUGGGGAAUAGCGGAGUCGGUGAGCGUGAAGGGAGAAUUGCGAGCACUUUGGUUGCCAAGCGUCAUUUCUAUCUUGCUCAUGGAAUUGGGAGAGCGGGUGAUGUGGCUGCAAUCCAACCUAAAGCGGCUGGCUCGUCCUUGAUCUGUGAAUUAACCCGGAAAAUGGCAGUAGAUUUUAUCCAAACCUGCGGGAUCACCGAGGUGAAGGAUUGCAUUGUUCUUCCCUUGGCCACGGGCAUGAGCAUCAGCAUGUGCUUACUCUCGUUGCGACUGAAUAACCCGACCGCCAAAUAUGUAAUCUGGUUCCGUGUGGACCAGAAAACGUGCUUGAAGAGCAUUUUGACCACAGGAUUGGAGCCGAUCAUUAUCGAUCCUGUCCCGGAAGGCGACGAGCUCAACACAAACCUUGGAGCCCUGCGCGAAAAGCUCGAAUCCAUAAAGCGCGAGGAGAUCCUGUGCAUCAUUCCGACGACUUCCGUGUUUGCUCCUCGCCUCCCGGAUGAUAUCGUGGGCGUUAGCAAACUGGCGAAGGAGUUCUCCGUCCCAGUGAUCGUGAACAAUGCGUACGGACUCCAAAGCGGAGCUACCUGCAAGGCGAUCGACCGCGCGAUCCGCGUGGGCCGCAUCGACAUGCUCGUUUCCUCCACCGACAAAAACAUGCUGGUUCCCGUGGGAGGCGCGCUGGUGUACAGUCCGCAGUCCGGAAUGGUGGAUUUGGUGCGAAAGAACUACCCUGGGCGAGCAAGCAUGUCUCCCAUUCUGGACGUGUUUAUCACGCUGCUGAGCAUGGGGAAGAGGGAGCUGCGUUCGGUUUUGAAGGAGCGAGAGGACUGCUAUCAGUACUUGCUGGACCGACUGGGAGAGGUGGCCGGGCGGUACAAGCAGCGCGUGCUUCGCACUCCGCGAAACCCGAUUUCGAUCGCAGUGACGCUGGAUAAUCCGUUCCCCGAGGACGAUUCGUUCGAGUAUUCGGAUGAAGAUAUUACAAAGUUUGGAGCAAUGCUCUAUACGCGAGGGGUGUCCGGAUCACGAUGCGUAGGGUUUCAUAACAAGAAAAGCGUGGGGAAGUACGAGUUUGCGAACUACGGAGGCCAUACUGACCACUAUCCUCACGCUUACUUCACUUCGGCUGCUGCAAUCGGUGUGAAGAAGGAAGAAAUCGAUGUGUUCAUUGAUCGUCUGGAGAAAAAUUGGAAACAAUACCAAAAGGACUUGGAGAAGAAGCGACAGAAGAAAGAAACUCAGGAAUAA